AUGGAAAACAUUUCAACUCCUGCUCUUCUUCUUCUUCUUCUUGCUUUAUUGUUCACCUUCCAUCUACAAACAAUUAUUAGAGUUGAAUGCAGCAACCUAAACUACACCAAGUACAGACAAGUUAGUAGUUUGAGACUUGAAAGAAUUCAGAGGCACUUGGACAAGAUUAAUAAGCCUCCUGUUCUGACCAUAGAGAGUGAAGAUGGUGAUCUCAUUGAUUGUGUUCACAAAAGAAAUCAACCAGCUUUAGAUCAUCCUCUGUUAAAGAAUCAUAAGAUCCAGAAAAAGCCAUCAAUGAUGCCAAAAGAGAUGAAUAUGAAUAUUAAUGUAGAGUCUAUAAAUGAGAGAAGCAUUAAGAAUGGUGGCGCGUGGCAAAUGUGGCAUCAAAAUGGAACAAGAUGUCCAAAGGGAACUGUACCGGUACGGCGGAGCACGGUGCAUGAUGUGCUGAGAGCUAAAUCUUUGUAUGAUUAUGGUAAGAAACAACGACGGUCGCCGCGUCUAUUCCGCCAUACCGAACCGCCUGAAGUUGUCAGCGGUAAUGGCCACGAGCAUGCGAUAGCAUAUACAAAAGCAGGUGAAGAAGUGUAUGGGGCAAAAGCAACAAUAAAUGUGUGGGAUCCAAUGAUAGAAGUUGUGAAUGAGUUCAGUAUUUCUCAAAUAUGGAUACUUUCUGGAUCCUUCGAUGGCUCAGAUUUAAACAGCAUUGAAGCUGGUUGGCAGGUCAGUCCGGAGCUUUAUGGUGACAGCAGGCCAAGAUUAUUCACUUACUGGACGAGUGAUGCAUAUCAAGCCACAGGAUGCUACAAUCUUCUUUGUUCUGGUUUUGUACAAACAACUAGCAAGAUAGCCAUUGGGGCUUCCAUUUCUCCUCUUUCUUCUUAUAAUGCCAAACAAUAUGACAUUACUAUCCUCAUUUGGAAGGAUCCAACAAUUGGAAACUGGUGGAUGCGUUUUAGUGACAACACAUUGGUAGGAUAUUGGCCGGCCGAGUUAUUCACGCACUUAGCCGACCGUGCUACCAUGGUCGAAUGGGGUGGUGAGAUUGUAAACUCUCGCGCCAACGGCCAACACACCUCCACUCAAAUGGGAUCCGGUCAUUUCGCCGAUGAUGGCUUCGGAAAAGCAAGCUAUUUCAGGAACCUCGAGGUCGUCGACACGGACAAUAGUCUCACGUCGGCGAGCAACAUCUUAACCCUAGCUGAGAACAAAAAUUGUUACAAUAUCAAGAGCUUCUACAACAACAAAUGGGGGACACACUUUUACUAUGGUGGCCCUGGAAACAAUCCACAAUGCAAAUGA